GAGUGUGAACGCUGUGUGUGUGUGCAUGGGUCACACAUGAAGCUGCAUUAUCAACACACUCAGGGCCUCCGUCACCUGCAGCUGUCAAUCAACCAGAGCCCUGUCUCUUUACCCUGACGCGACACUUCUCCCCCGAUUGGUCCAGCCUCGCUGCGGGGGCGGGCGCCGCGGGGGCUUUGCCGGGAUCCCAUUGGACGAGACGGCGCAUUGGUCGACGUGACGCAGCGUGGAAUUCCCAAAGUUCCCAAGUUCAGCGGAAGAGAGAAGCGGAGAAAAUAAACCCAAACAAAACGGCGACGCGGAGGAAAACAGCGGCGAGGCAGCUCCGAAUAUCACUGAGCCGAAUCUGCAACCGUGCUGUGCCGAAGUGAGCCUGCAGGCGGCGAUGUCUGACCACAGCAACAGCACAGGGAGCAGUGCGUCCUCGACCAACAGCUGGACCCUCCUCUCCCCCGAGGAAGCUGCUGUUGAGAAUGUCGGGCCUGUGGAUGACGGCACCGAGAGCCUGGGCGACGUCCCCAGUCUCUCCGAGGAGUUGGCAGGAGCUGCUGUGGAGUUCAAACCAAGUGACAUUCCAGUCGAGACUGUCCUGUCAGAGGAAGGCCAUCAGGUUUGUCAGGAGACGUCUCCAGUGUCCAGUGAAGGUCCCAUCCCUUCUAGUCCGGCCCAGAUGAGUCCUAUUCCAGACGACCCCAUGGACCCCCCAGACCUCGACAUGGAGAGCCAGGCUCCAGUUAUUCAUGAGAUUGACACCAGCUCGCCCUGCAGUGACAAUGAACUCCUAGGGGCCACACCCUUUGUUACCAACAUUGAUAUGGAGGAUCAACUUGAUAUUUCUGCUGCUGAACUACUCCCAUCUGAGUUUGAGGAGUCCUGCUCUGCUCCCGUGACUGAUCUCCCUGUCUCUGCAAACCCAACAUUUGACACGCCUGCUGAUGUAGAGCAGGAUCUUGCGAGCCCCGCUGAGGAGAGUCCUGUGUUCGACGUUGAACCUGAGGUUAACGUUGCCACAGAGACCAUUACAGCCAUCAAUCCUCCCUCUCAUGUCGAUGCUGAUGUUAGCUUUGCUCCAGUAAGCACCGAGCGGCCAAGCCCUGCCCCAGAGAGCCUGGUGCCAGAGGAGCCCGUCGAUGAAAGUCCUGCACCAGAGACUGUUGGUUCAGUAGAGGCAGAGGAGGAGGCAGCGGUAGAGGAAGAGGCAACAGAGACAUGGGAGACAGGGGAGCAGGACGAGCGAGAAGAAGAGGAAGAAGAUGAGCCAUCCACUAGUUUUGGCGACACAAGCGGCUUCGAUGAUGGCGUGAGGAGGAGGAACAUCCCGCCUUUUGAGGGGCCGAGAUCAAGAACGUCAGACGAGGACGACGAGGACGAGGAAGUGGAGUUCAAGCUGCCUGUGAAGGAGGAGAAGCCAUGGUUGUCCAUGAACAAGUGCAUUGUGGGAGCCCUGAUCCUGCUCUUUUUAGGUUCCCUCUUCCUCUCAGGUUUCCCCUCUGACCUGGAUUAUGGUGAUUUUGACGCCUCUGAACUGAGCGAUGGAGAAAAAAGCCAGGACUGGCUUAGCGGUGAUCCACAGGAUAUGAAAGAGUUAUUGGAUAAACUGACACAGGAAAACCAACACAUUGCUCUGCUAGAGGCUCAACUGCAGUCUCAGAAAGAAGAAAUGGAGUCGGCACUUAAAUCAGUGUCAGAAAGCGGAGAUGAGAAAGGAAAAGCAGAUCUGGAACAAGAAAAUGCAAAUUUGAAGGAGGAGCUGUCGUCUCUGCCAGAACUGAAGAAAGAGCUGGAGAGUCUGAGGGCCAGAGUGACGGAACUCAACCAGCUCACAGUUGAUCAAAAAAUGCCUCCAGCAACUCCUGGUCCAGCUCCUCAGCCCGGUGUCAAAGAUGGUCAGAGUGACCAGAAAGCAGCUGAGCCCGAGAGGAGAAAGGAAAAGAACGAGGGAGUCAAGCUGAAGCAGGAACUCCAGAGACAGAAGGUGCUUUUGGAGGAGAGCAGACAGAGACUGGAGGGGAUGAAAAAACAUGGCGGCAGCAGGAAACGCGUCACCGACAGUUUGGAGGAGAUCCAGAAGAAGCUCUCUGAACAAGUCGAGAGGUGGGGGAAGAAGAAACCACAGGAUUCCAAAUGGAAAGGGAACAAAGGUAAAAACGUUGAGCGGGACCACUGGAAGAAAGAAGAAAAGAAGGAGUGGAGAGGAGAGAAAGAGUGGAAGCACGGCAAAGAGGGAGGAUGGAAGGAGAAAGACGAGAAGAGGAAGGAGGAGUGGAAGCCCCAGAAGCAAAACUCGCACAAAGAGGCAUGGAGGAAACACCAGGACGAGUGGGAGAAGAAGAAGGACGAGCGCAGGGUGGACAGAGAGGACCGGAGGAAGGAGAAGCCGUGGCACACCCAGCCAAGUAAAAAAUCCCACAACCACAACCAUAACCACCAGAAUCAGCAGAAUCAGCAUCACCAGUCCCGCCAGACUCACCAGUACAACCACAACGACUUCUGGAGAGACCAGGAGCAGAAGCUCAGACGAAACUUCAAACCCCAGCUGGGCUGCACCUCUGUGGACGACUGCGCCAGCAAGGAGGGGCUCUACGCCGUGGAGCUGCCCGAGUUUGAGGAACUGCUGGAGGGCUACCUGAGCAAGCUCGAAGGGUCUGUGUCCGAGAACAAGGACAAAAUUCGAAAGCUGACCGCGGAGUUCUUUGAGGACGGCGUGUUUGUCCACGACAGGGUUCGCUUCGGCGACUUUGCUGAGGACGUAGCGGACAUUCUGGAGGACAUGGUGGACGUCCUGGAAGGCGACGGGCAGAAGGACAAUGACUCCUUGGAGGAGGAGAUGGAGGAGUUUGAACGAGAAGCCCUCUGGAAGUUUGCCGCCACAGCUUGAAUUGAGUGUCGUUUGGGAAAAGAAGUAAAAUACAACACUAGGAUGCAGCACAAGUGGUGGUUUGGUAGGACUUCUCUCGCCUACCCUCUCCUCUUCAGAGCUGUAAUUGUAGUAGCUUCUGGCGUAGAGUGGUUGUGCCUCUCAUAAAUGUGACCCUCCGAGUCUUUAAUUAUAAGCUUGACUCGUACGUGUCAUUCUGGACUUAGGUGUUGUCAGCUACCUCUGUCAGGUCUUGCUUUCCUAAGUCUUUCAGUCAUGUGUUGUGUGGGUUUUCCUCUGCUAUAUAGUGUUUUCUCAGUAACUAGUGCAUGUUGCAGCUCAUAAUGUAAAUUCAAACUGAUAAUAUUCACAUCACACUAAAACCUAGGGUUGUAAGGAGAUGGUAUUUGCAAAUAAUUCUGUUCAGCACCAGUGGAAACAGGUUGAAUCUAUUCAUGCAGUUCAUAUCAUAUUAGAUAAGUUGUCAAAUACAGAAGGUCGUGUUAAAUUGACCCUGAAAUUUGACGUUCUCUCCCUUAUCACGUGAUCUCUGCUCCAAACAGGUUAAAACAAAGGCUCAGAGGUUUUCUGUUGAUACUAUCUGUGUGUAGUCAAGUUGGGUGUAACUGUUUGAUCCCAGAGGAUGAGAUCCCGGUUCUUUCAGUGAUAGGAAUAAGAUCAAGUCAGACCUGUUUUGUGAGAGCAGCACACAACACACAGACACACACACACACACAGAGACAGACAAAGAGCACUGUUUUAGAGCCCCAAGUGUUUGGCCUCUAGAUUUGUUGGAGGUUUUUCCAACUGCCAGUUGACAGCAGAUGUCUGGAACAACCAGGAACCAGUUUGCGAAGCUGCUCAAAGAACACAGCAAUAGGACAAACCGAUUUAGAAAUGUACAGCCACGGAUGAAGUGAAGACUGCUAAACCGCUUGAGCACUUUUCUCAAACAUUCACAUUUACAGCAACGUUUUAAUUUCUCACGAUUUACAUUUCAUGUACUUGUUUUAGUCCACCGGUUUUCUUUAAUACUCUCUUUGCAAUGUAGCCAUGAGGACGUCCAUCCCAAGAUCUGUUUCAGUAUUUUAAUUUCAUUUUCCUUUUUUUGUUGAUGCAAAUUGACAUUUAGUCAAAAGAAAAAUAAGGAAGCUGCUACAUUUUAUUUUGAAUGAGUUGAAUAAACGUGGCAAAGGUACGAGAAUGGUACACAACAUUGUCUAUAAGGUAUCGUAGCAUUACGCUUUAACAGAAAUAUUUCUUUUUCUUUCUUUUUAUUUCGUAGUAAUGUUUGAUAUCCUGAAAGUUUCCCUCCUUCGGGGGAUGUGAAGUGAAAAGCGACAGAUUGUGAUUGUUAUUUCUCAUUUUUCGGCUAUUUUUUUUAGAUUGAAAGAAGCUUUGAAGAGUAAAAUGUUUAUUUAUUCUGUCAACUACACUGCAACACUUUUCCUUAUUCGACAGAAUUGCCACACUCUGUUGCAGAUCAUAAACUUUUAAUGUGAAAAUGUUGACGUUUUCCUUUAGUUUACAGAAAUUUAGUUUGCCAGCUACUGCGUAUGUGCCUUUAUCAUCACAAAUAAGGUUAGACUGAAAAAGGACUUUGAUUUAUUUUUGCUUCUGCGAGGAUGAGAAGAAAACAGGUUUACACUACUUGCAAUUAUAGGGCAGAGAAUGAAUGUCAAAGGCUUUAUUUAUGAUGUGUUGAACAGAUUUUUAUUUUAUCUGCUGUGAGGAGUGUUUUUUCUUUUCCUUUUUCUUUUUUUAGACCGAAAGGGAUCAAGAGAAAGUUUAACCAGAACAGAUGAAUCCUUUAAUGAAACACAUUUAUGGAAGCAAUAUUUAAGACGUAUGUUUGUCUUUGUGGGACAACAGUAGGUCUGUGUGUUUACUGACAAUGUGGUCCAUGAUGUGCAUGUUAUUGAUCACUGGACAGAUGUAUUGUUCAAUUUGGAUCAUUUCUAGUUUUUCCUCAUCAUGAGUCUUGUCCUCUUUUAGGAAGUUCAGUGUUAAGUUCAAUAAAAAAAAUUCACCAUCA